UGUCAAUUCAUAGCCAAGUAUCAUUCAGUCAGCAGCUCAAACUUAACCAUCAUGUUUUCCCCUUCAGCUGUAAAAAGUGGUUUGCUCCGAUCGCUCCGCAGGCAGAAGAGGGAGGGUCAACAUGGCGUCCGAACAGGAGAGCUCCAACGGGCCAGUGAAGAAGUCCAUGCGAGAAAAGGCCAUAGAAAGACGCAGCAUCAACAAGGAGCACAACAGUAACUUCAAAGCAGGCUAUGUACCCAUAGAGGAAGAGCGUCUUCAUAAGACAGGCCUAAGAGGACGCAAGGGAAACAUGGCUAUUUGCAUCAUCAUCCUCCUCUUCCUCCUUGCCUUAAUUAAUCUAAUUAUCACACUGGUUAUAUGGACAGUGAUCCGCAUCGGUCCGAAUGGGUGCGACAGUAUGGAGUUCCAUGAGUCUGGCCUGCUGCGCUUCAAGCAGAAAGCAGACAUGGGUAUUGUCCACCCGCUGCACAAGAGCACAGUAGGAGGCCGUAAAGACCAGGACCUGGUCAUUGUUGGUAACAACAACCCGGUAGUCUUCCAGCAAGGCACUACGAAGCUGAGCGUAGAAAAGGACAAGACCUCAAUUGUCAGUGACGUUGGCAUAUCCUUCACGGACCCUCGGACACAGACCACAUUCUUCAGCACCGACUUUGAAAACCACGAGUUCCAUCUUCCCAAAGGAGUCAAAGUCCUCAGUGUUAAAAAGGCUUCCACAGAAAGGAUCACCAGCAGUGCAGCAUCUGACCUGAACAUUAAAGGAGAUUCAGCUAUCAUUCGCGGUAAUGAGGGGGUCAACAUCAUGGGCCGGACCAUCGAGUUCAAAAUGGGUGGAAACAUUGAGCUCAGGGCUGAGAACAGCAUCGUGCUCAAUGGAUCAGUUAUGUUCAAUGCCACGCGUAUUCCAAACUCUGCGGGAGAUCUGUAUUUCAACGAAGGCCAUGAGAGGUACAAGCUCUGCAUGUGUGAAGAUGGGACUCUGUUCCGUGUGCGGGUCAAAUUUACCAACAUGGGUUGCCAGACUUCAGAUAACCCAUGUAAGAAGGCUCAUUAGGACUGGAAUCUGCUGUUACAUCUCACUACAGUCAGUCCACACUGAAAUCAGAUAAACCACUUUCAAAUUUUUGAUAGUGUAUAACUACAAAAUACGGGACACUCGUAAUGGCUUGGACAUAAUAUCUCCACGAGUCAUGUGUCAAAUUCUGUGUUUCUUAUUAUGUUUGCCACUUGGCCAAAGAUUAAAAACUGUAAUAUUUUAUUCUGCAGAUUUGCCAACUUGAGAUGAUACUAGUCCACAUUACUCCUAUACAGUAUUUAAGAGGAUUAUCAUGGUUUACACUCCCCAUUUGUUGUGAUGAGGAACUACAAUGUUUAUUUUUUUGGCUUACCGUCCAGUAUUAAUAAUAUAUAGACUCUGUAGGCGGCUUGUGUGAGAUCCCAUUUGCCGUUUCAUUAUAUCUGGCAGCUGUGUGAUAUUUUCUCUGACAUGUUAACUGAUGUGUAAGACACUACAUGACUGUAACGAACUGUAAUUAAUGAGAAAUUGUUAUAUAUGAAACAUUUUAAGCUAUCCAGUGAUGCUAAAGCAGCGUAGGUUUCUUUCUGCAUAUCUUGAGCUGUUCAUGCACGUGCCAAUGGAUAUACAAGGGAAGAUAUAUCAUCAGAUAUAUAUAAUAUUUUAAUUUUGUUGCAAAAGCUUUUUUUACAGCAGAAAAAUAGAAUAUCAGAAGAGAUUGUGCACUACAUUCUGCUACAGAUUAAUGCAAAUGCUGAGAGUUUAAAUCAUCAGCUACUUUGGCUGCAGCCUAUAUGGGGUGGUUUGAAUUUUGUGCAAUAUAAUAUAUAAUAUUGAACUUUGCUUUGGAUUGUCCUGUCUGUUGUUCAACAUUACCGAUGUUGACAACAUCUGUAGUCGUUCUCAGAGCACAGACUCGAUGCCUGUUGUGAAAGAACAGUUUGUUUGAUCGAUUAAAUGGAGAACAGAAAAAAAAAUCAACUACUGCAACCAGCCUUAUUUGAAUAUUUCUCAAACAUUUCAUUGGUAUGUUUGUUUCAAUAAAGAAUUGUGUUGCUAUCUGAAA